GUCAAACCCUUACAUGAUGUGUAUCAACGCGAAAUCGAACUCAACCUUUGGGAGCCCAUCAAUCGUUAUUGGGCUGAAUGUUAUGAAGCCUGCAAGGCAGCCUCUAAGCGGCGCGGCACUUAUCAAGCUGAUAAUCGGCGAAUAUUCAAUCAAAAAAUUGUAAUGCCGUGGAAAGUGCGACAAGUUGAGGAGCUGACACGCCUGAAUGCUGCUGCGCUAGCGCAAAAAACCACAAAUAGUCAUAUUAAAAAGCGUUGGAAGACAGCAAAACGAUUUUUAUAUGGACCACGUGGGCCAUGGUUUACGGG